AUGCAACACGUUAAACCAUCCGCGAAAGGCGACCCGCUGUGUCCGCUCGGAUUCCACCCGCAAGUCCGAUGGCCGACCAGAUGCAAACGGUGUUUCAGGGACUAUAAAGACCAUUCUAACAGGAAUAAGGAUAAUGGCAAGUCAUCGCUUAGAAAAGAUGAUACUACACUAUCGACUCCUACUUUAAAUAACGAGGCAACAAAUGAGUCAACAAGUUUGAAAAAUAUGUCAUCAGACAUAACAAACAAUGGUAAAAACUAUUACAACGUAGACAAAGGUGGCGGAUCUAGUCGAAAGACUACAUCAUGGACAUCGACGCCCGACUUGACAACACUUUCAGAUAGUGUUACAUCUCAAGUUGAAAAUUUAGAAGAUGACGAACAGGCCAUUCCAGAAUAUACAGUUCGAAGAAGAACAAAUCUUUCUCGCAAGGAUUCUAUGGAUGUACAUAGCCCAAGAAAUAGUUACAAUGGAGAUAUCGCCCAAUAUACACCGGUGCAUAUGAAAUCAACUCCAGAUGAUAAAAAUAUGUAUAACGAUGAUGAAGAUACUAUUAGUUUAGCUGAUUCUGAUACUACAACUGAUACUUAUGCGACUAUUAUAAAUGAUGAAGAUUUACACGACCAAGUAUUGCAUUUAAAAGCUGAAUUAAAAUUGACUAAAGCAAAAUGUGAGAAAGCUGAACGAGAAAAGAGUGAUGUUUUAUUAAGACGACUAGCGUCUUUGGAUACAACUCCGACAUCUCGUACAACAGCUUCUGAAUUGUUGAAGCACCAACAAAAAAUAAAUGAUUUGAAGUCUACUUGUGAAAGUCUCGGUGAUGAAAAGAGAUUACUUACACAACGUGUUCAUGAAUUAGAAGCUGAGCUCAAUAAAAACAAGAAUACUAAAGUGAAGUCAGACGAUGCGCAACUGAUUCGCUCUAAGCUAAUAGCUGCUGAAACUAAAAUUGAGGAUUUAACAGAAGAAAACAAUGAUUUAAAUAAAGAAAUACAUAAUAUGGAGCAAGAGAUGAGAGAUAAUUUUCGUGAGGAACAAGAUAAUGAAUUUAUUAUGCUGAGAAGAGAAUUUGACCAAGUUUCAAAGAAUUGUAGAAUUUUAGCAUUUAAAUUAAAAAAAGCUGAGAGAAGAAUGGAAGAGUUAGAUAAUGAAAAAGUCGAAAAUGACAAAAAAACUAAAGAGUUAAUAGAACGAUUACAAAGUGAUUUAGAAAAAUCUAAAUCUAAUGCAACACAAGGGGAUCAGAAAAAAAGACCUAUGCUGGGCAUGAUACCUAAGUCUGCAUCGGGAGAAAGGGUUUCAAGAGAGUCGUUAACUCGAGGUGAUUCCCAAGAAGAUCCAGUUCAACUACAGAGGGAUUUACAAGAUUCAAUUGAAAGAGAAGCAGAUAUGAGGGAGCAAUUACGAUUUUCCGAAGAAGAAGCUAAAAUGUUGAGGAACAAAGUGAGUCGUUUAGAAGAAGAUAAUGAGUCACUGGUGUUGCAACUCAAGAAAAUGGCCACAAAAACAAGUUAUCGCCCUACAAAUAUUGCUGAUAGAGAUGAAGGAAUUUCAGAUGUUGAAGAUGCAACAGAAUUAAAAUUACUUCUUGAGCUCAGUGAACAAGUAAUAUACAUAAAAGGAUCAACUGAAGCUAAAGUUUUAGAAUAUCAAACAAAAUUAACAUCCAAAAAACCUUAUAAACCAAUAUCAAAACCAGCACAACCCAAGACUAAAGAGGUUAAAGCUGAUUUCGAUAAGCAAACAAAAGCUAUUAAACAGUUGGAAAUUAAAACAAUGGAUCUUGAAAGCCAACUUAAGAGUGAGAGACAACAAAUUGAAAAUUUGAAAUCAAUACAUAAAAAAGAAAUAAUAAACAAAGAAGAAAGUAUAAAAAAAUUACAAGAGCAAUCAACUUCUGAAGAAAAUAAAAGAAUGACGGAUAUUCAAAAUGAAUUUGAAAAAAAAAUAAAAAGAAUAGAAAAUGAAUUGAUGAUGGAGCGAAAGAAUUACAAAGACAUUUUAAAUAAAUAUGACCUAUUGCAAAAAGAACAAAUAGAUGCUAAAAGUAAAAUGACAGCAGAAAAAGAAAAACUACAAUGUUUGUUAGAAAGUAGAAAAAAAGAUAUAUUAAAAGUUGAACUGGAGUUAAAAACACUGAAAGAUAAAUACAACAAUUCUAUUGAUUUAUGGAACAAAGAAAAAUUAGAAAUGCAGAAAAAGUUAAAGGAUCUAGAAAUAGCUCAUUCAAAUGAUUCAUGGAUAAAAGAGAAGGAAAAUAUGAAAAAGAAUUUGGAUGAAUAUUUAAAAGAAACAAGGACAUUAAAUAAACAAUGUAGUCAGUAUACAGAACAGAUAGAAAAACUUAAGAAAGAAAAUGAAAUCUUACAACGAAAUUUAGAUGAUUUUGAAAAGGUUGUUAAAGUCCAGCACAGUAGGUCAAUGGAGACAGAAUUAUUAGAAAAAAAUCUAAAAGAUAUGAAAAUUAAGGUAUACAAUGAAGAACAAGCCAGAAAAACGGAAGUUGCUGCUUUAAAAGUACGCUAUGACAAUCGAAUGUCAGUUCUUUCUGAAGAGUUAAAAAACAGUCAGUUUCAAACACUUAGGUUCAAAAGAGAACGUGAUUCGUAUAAGCAAAUAUUGGAUUCAGCAGAUUCUAACCAUCAAAAAGGAAAUUAUAAGGUGCAAAAUAAUGAUAACCAGAAAGAAGAAUUCUACGUCUUACAGCAACAAGUAUCUUGUAUGGAAGAACAACUUUCAGAAGCAAGACUUGAAUGUUCAAGGUUAAAAACAGAACUGGUGUCAGAAAAAUCAGCCUGGGAAAUAACAAAAUCAGAAAUGACAUCUUCUAUUAAUAAAUUGGAAGAAGAACGACUGUUGAACUCAGGAAGAUCUAAAUUAACAGGUUUGAAGGCUAGAAUGGAGCUUGCAUGGCAAAAAGAACGGGAAGAACAACAACGUCUUUUACAAGAGACAUCAACAUUGGCUAGAGAUCUAAGACAAACAUUAUAUGAAGUUGAACGAGAGCGAGAUAAGAUCGCUUAG